ACCAAUGAUGUCAACGAGAGAGACUCCAUACUUUCUCAUCUCUCUCUCUCUCUUUUACCUCUUCCUAUGAAUAUUGCAAUGUUCCUCUUUCUGCCUUCACAUACAAACAAUUUUGUCAUAACAUCUACUCUUCUGCACCUUCUAGCUAUUUACCUAGUUUCUUUCAUUUCCCAUAUCUCCAUUGGGCAAUUAUAGAAAAACAGUAGCUUUGAUUUGCGAGGACGACAUGAUGUUCUUGGUAGAUGGGGGCUUUCUAUAAGUGACAUUUUCAUUGGAUGAUGAAUAGGACAACCAAGUGGGGUACUCAGAAAAGCAAAUGAGUUGUCUACUGAGCUGUUGUUUCAGAUUUAAGCAGAAUAUUGAACAUUACGACCAAAUAUCUGAUUCCUAAGUGGAUCCUUAAGAUCGGCAAGCUUUGUGUUUCUCAGUACUUGUGGGCACUGGAGAAGAAGUACUUGAAGCGGCAGCAGUAUUGUUCAAAUAUCAAUGUGAACAUAAGAAAUUUUACUUAAAAAUAACUAAUUCAACUGUAGUUUUGCAGCAUAGGUUCAAUGUUCAAGUUGGUUGAAACCAUAUGUUGAAAUCGGUUGCAACUAUAGCUGGAGGCGCUGCCGGGGCAUUUGCUUUAAUGGCAAUAUUCGUCGGACUUUUGUGGUUCUGCAAGUCACAGUGUAAAAAUGUUUUGAACAAGAAUUCAGAGACAGGUUCCUCAGAUCCAUCUGCACUAGUUGAGUGGAAUAGAGGGGCAGGACCCAGUUCAGCCACAGACCAGCCUCUAUUUGGACCCCAUGGAGCAAGGCAUUUCACAAUGGCAGAGUUGGAGCUAGCCACCAGGCAAUUUAGUGAAAGUAGUCUCAUUGGCUAUGGAAGCUUCGGUCCAGUAUACAAGGGCUUGCUUUGCGAUACUGUCGUUGCUAUCAAAAGGCGCCCUGGUCCUCCUCGACAAGAAUUUGUUGUAGAGGUUAAUUACUUGUCCGAGAUUCGGCACCGGAAUUUAGUUACUCUUCUUGGUUACUGUCAGGAGAGUGGAUCUCAAAUUUUGGUAUUUGAAUAUCUACCAAAUGGCAACAUGUGCAAUCAUUUAUAUGAUACCGGGCGAGAGUCAUCAACUAAACUGGAGUUCAAACAGAGGGUAUCCAUAGCUCUGGGGGCGGCUAAAGGUUUAUGCCAUUUGCAUAGUCUAAGACCUCCCUUGCUGCACAAGAAUUUCAAAACAGCUAAUGUGUUGGUUGAUGAGGACUUCAUUGCUAAAGUUGCAGAUGUAGGAAUCUCAACACUACUUGAAAAACUAGAAGAAACAGGUCCAUCUCACAUGACCAAUGUCAAUGUUUUCCGAGAUCCAGAGCUAGAAGAACCAGGAGCCUUCACAGAAAUGAAUGAUGUUUACAGCUUCGGGGUGUUUCUCUUUGAGCUUGUAACUGGACAAGAGGCUUCCCGUAUUGCCUCCUUGGGAUCUUAUGAAGCCUUAAUUGAAUGGGUGCGAUCAAGAUUGAGUUUAAACGAUUUUGUGGACCGUCGACUGGUGGGAACUUUCACUACAGAUGGAAUCAGGGACUUGAUCAGGUUGACUCUACAAUGCAUGAGCUCUCCUAGUAGAAGGCGACCAAAAAUGGAAAUGGUUAUGGUUGAACUUGAACGGAUUCAUGAGAAAGAGAUGGCAUUAACAACAUUUAUGGGCGAGGGAACUGCUACAAUUACUCUAGGUAGUGAAUUAUUUACUUAAAAAUGAAGUGAGAUUUGAUUGGUGCCUGUGUUUGAGCCAAGCUUAAGCAUAAACAACCACCAUCAACAAUUUGAUUAUUUAUAAUAUUAUUUGGGAAGGGGUGUUUUGGUUCCUGUAAAGGGAUUGAUAUGUAAGUAUAAAUGAGCGAUGCAACAUUUUA